AUGACGAGCUGCUUUGUGCGAUACGAAGACAUCCCCGGCUGUCCCAUGGAGCGCGUGAACAACGUGACAAAGCAAAUUACGAUCGGGUAUUCUUUGCUUCUUCGGAAGUGUAACCACACGGCGUCUAAAGUCCUAACCGACCCCAAAACGCCAACUGGUAAUUAUGGUCUCGACAACGAAAACAACGAUUUAAUAAUAAAAAUCGAUGACAUUUUGGGGACAGCAACUUCACUCGAGGGCGUCGAAUACUCGAUGGACGAGAAGUCACUCACGCGCUAUAAAGUGGUUCAAAUGCUUGGGCAAGGCACAUUUGGGCAAGUCAUUAAGUGUGUCGACAUGAACACGGACAAAUGUGUUGCUGUUAAAGUCCUCAAAAACAAGCCCGCGUAUUUCAAGCAAAGUCUGAUCGAACUUACUGUCUUACACUUCCUCAACAAUUUCUAUGACAAUUCUUCACAUAGUCGUGUACUGAAGAUGGUCGACUACUUUAUGUAUUACAACCACAUCUGUAUCGUCACAGAGAUGCUUGGAAUCGAUUUGUAUGAGCUGAUGCGCCGGAACCGGAACCACAGCUUUAGCAUCCAGACCAUCAGAAAGUUCAUUCAACAAAUAUUACGCGCUUUAUUAGUCUUAGCUAAGGGUAAUAUAGUCCACUGCGACAUUAAACCUGAAAACGUGUUGUUAGUGGGCCAGACGUCCAAAGUGAAGUUGAUUGACUUUGGAAGCGCCUGCUUUGAGAAUUACACGUUAUACAGUUACAUUCAGUCCAGGCAUUACAGAGCACCAGAAAUAGUCUUGGGGCUUCCCUAUUCAUGUGCGAUUGAUAUGUGGAGUGUGGGGUGUAUGACUGCUGAAUUGUUUUUAGGGUAUCCACUGUUUGGAGCCACCAGUGAAUACAACUUGUUGUAUAAAAUGAUUGAGAUGUUGGGGAUGCCGCCAAACGAGAUGUUAGAACGUGGGAGUAAAACGCACAAAUAUUUUUAUAAUGAAGAGGGGACGUUUUUGUUCAAAGAACAAUUUGAGUAUGAAUAUGAGAAUAAUUUGAAAGUCCCUGAAAACAGAAAUUACUUCAAAUACACCACUUUAAAGGAAUUAAUUAUGUUGAACCAAAUGCGAGUAUCAAACACUGAGACAAUGUCUUCUGAAAAGGUGCGAGAGUGUUUAUAUGAUUUUUUGUGUCGUUGUCUUGCAUAUGAUCCGAAGGAUCGAAUGACUCCAGACCAAGCUUUGAACCACCCAUUUUUAACAGAUCGUCCAUUGGAAGAAUAUAUAGUCCCUCCACGUCUCUUUCCAUUUGUCGAGUAUGGAAAAACAAUGAGUCUGGAUCAGAAAGACUUUGUCCAAGUCAUGUUACAAAAGAUGCCCGAGCUCAGGUACAUUAGAGGAAGCUAUAACACACAACAGUACUUCAAAAUAUUUAAAAUUGCAUUGAACAACGGACAUGUCGUAAACAUCAUGGCUGACUCGCCGAUGCGCGGGACUAUCACACCACCCUCUUUGGCUUCUGUUUUUAGAAUCACUAUAAACCCGGAAGAAGAGGAACAACAACGAAGAAUGCUCUCUCCGUUACCACGGAAGGUCGCAGUCAAGUUGCAACCAAUACCAGUGCGCCCGGAUUAUAAAGACUCGCGGUCGUUCGUGUCAAACCCGCGCAAAAUCGACAAGAAGGAAAAGGAACGACUGCAAGACAGGAAGCUUGGGGUUUCCCUUCCGUCAUCUUUAGAGUCCUCGCCAUCAAAAGAGUUUGUUGCUCGUGCCGAGAAAUUACAAAAGAAGGAGGAAAAGCUUGAGAAGGAGCGGUUGAAACAGUUAGAAAAGGAACGAAAGAAAGAAGAGAAAGAGCGCGAGAAAGAACGUAAAAAGGAAGAGAAGAAAAGUCGCUCAACGUCACGUCCUGGAAGUAAAGGGAACAGCCGAAGUAAUAGCAAAGCAAGGAGCAAAGCAAGUAGUAGAGAACCAAGUCAAGAACGUGAAGAAAAAAUCGAAAAAGCUAGUUUGGGGUUUUUUAGACGUCACAAAAAGACGGCAAGCGACAUCGACUUGAUCAAAAGUCGCCUCGAAGAAGAAAACCACCGAAGUCAAGAAGAGAAAGAAGUGAGUGUUAACGAACAAGAAGAGAAAUAUGUUGUCGAGCCAGAACAGCCGAAGCGCGCAGACUCUGUUGACACCACCAAAAAGAAGAAGUGGGGAUUUUCACUGUUUCAUAAAGACAAGAAAACAAAAGGGACUGCAAGCAAGGACUCUUCUGUUAAUUCUCAAGAUGAAACUAUGUAA